ACCAAAUCUUGUAAUAUAUUAAUUUUUUAAUUUAACUUUUUUUCAAUUUCUUGACAACAUUCGAAUAGUCUAAACAAAAGUAGUAUAAUCUGUCAGAAAAUUAAUAAUACCUGUGAAAUAAAUGUAAUAAUAAUAAUAGGUGUAUUUUACUAUGAAACAAUAGAUUGUAACAAUUUGAAUGCAGAUCCUUGAUCAGCGUGGUUUUCGCUGCUUAAUCAGUAAAGUAUUUAAAUGCCUAAGAAAAAAAACCAAAAGAAAAACAAUAUGGAUGUAACCAUAAAUGAUUGUGCAAAUGCGCUAAAACCUGUGAGCAGGAUUAAAAAGUCAAUGUCAACAGAUCAGGCUCCUGUAACCUUGGAUGUUUCCUGGGACCACAUAGAAGAUGAAGAUUUUGAUAUUGUAGAGGAAAUAAAUGCUGAUGGUACAAAGAACUUUGUCUACAAGGAGAAACGAACAAGAAGCUAUUAUAAAUCUAACAGAGAUAAUCGUCCAGGCAUUGUUUACCCAGAAAUUGUCUGGUAUUUCAUAUCAGCACAUAUAAAACCAGAAGAUGUUGGCCGUUUCGCCGGCAUCAAUAAAGCUACAUAUGCAAUCACAAAACGAGAAUCAUUUUGGCGGGGUUUGUACAAACGUUACUGUGCAGAUGAUCCUAGAUUACCUCAGAAGUUGCGCAUAGAGAAUAGUUUUAAGGUUUAUGGAUUACGUCAGAGGGUAAUUAGAGCUCUGUAUCAUACAUACCAUGUAUUUGUGGAGAAAGUAGUUCAACAAGCUAUACAUGACAGCAGACCUCACCAGUUGGUGAGACGUAAAUGUGUUAAUGUAUGGUUUCGUAGGAAAGGCCCUCAUUGGGCAAUAUAUUUCAAGCUUAAGAAGCCUAGUUUAAUGGAGAGAUUGCAUACUGAUGUUGAUUUCCUGGAGGAGUUAGGAAGAAUAGAUGCAAACCCUGAAGAAAAUUCACAAGUAUUACAGGUUACCUGUAAGAAUUUUUUCGAAGUGCCACCUUUGAUGGGGAUGACACUAUCGUCACUCAGCAUCGUGUUGUCACAAGGGUUCCGGCACCAUCGUCUCCACCUUGGCUUCAACACGGGCAGCUAUUAUUGUAACGACAUCCUUCCAGAAUAUUCCGUUGUAUUGGACACGGUUGUUAACAUAAUAGUGUUUGAUUGGUGGCACCCCAAGUACCCAGACUUCGAUGACACUCUCCCUUCCAACAUCAAGGAUGACGAGUCAGUGCCAGUGUUGAAGAAUGAUUUUUUUACAAUUAAAGAUUAUGAUUAGAGUUGAGCAAAAUCAUUAGCAAUUUUUAAUAUAUUUAUGCCCAUUUCUGAUCUUUAUGUAUGUGUACUAAUGAUUAUCAGAAAGUUGGGAAUCUAACUCACACAGUGUCUGUAGUGGGAUCAGAAAGAAAAAAGAAAUUAUUUUAAUCAGGUAAAUUUAAAUUUAAGUAUUUUUUGAUUGUAAUUUUUUUUUUAUAAUUCUGUUGCCUAUUCGGGACGUAAUUUUAGUUAAGAAUGGCCAGAUCUUAAGAUUAGCUUGUUUAGGUGAAGCAACUGUAAAGAGAUGAAGUGACUUUUUUUAUAAUUUUAAAAGUAAAUGCAUGUCAUCGCAUUACUUCACCAUGUCUUAUAAAUCAUAAACCUUGCAGCGUGAAACUCUUAAGCCAUUUGUUAUUUUAUACAGAAAACUCUCGUUAGUAAUGUCUCGUCACUCACAACAGAUAUAUUCAGCUGCCAAAAGGCAUUUGAUUAACAAUGCGUAUGUUUUUAUCACUAUAUAUAUAUAUAUAUAUAUAUGUUUUUAUUAAAAAAAAGCCGGUUAAGUGCGAGUUGUACUUGCUCAACAAGGGUUACGUACAAAAUCAUCAAGUUAAUAUUUUUUUUGUGAAAAAUCUACAAAUUUACAGUUUUUGGAUUUUUUCCUUUACUUGUAUCACAUGACAUUGCUUCCAAAUUUCAUGAUUCUAGGUCAACGGAAAGUACCCUAUAGGUUUUGAUUCUCUCUGCGAAUAUCAAAAUAUGUGAUAUAGGUAAAUAGAACAUAAAUGGCCGUAUCUUUUGAUUGCGUCGAUUUAUUAGCUUGAUUUUUUCAACUUGAUACCUUCAUGCGUCCCUAAGAAAAAGGGUCUCGACACACGGACAACGAAGUGAUCCCAUAAGCGUUCCGUUUUUCCUAUAGAAGUACGGAAUCCUAAAAACCAACGGCUGUAUAAUUUUAUUUAAAUAAAUACUUAAUUUUUUAAAGCUAUAUAUAUUUGAUUAAGUUUAUUAGCAGAUUCAUUCAACUCCGUUUUGGUAAUUUGCUAUUAAAAUCCUUUUGAAUCGAAAAUAUGUUUAAUUUAAAAAAACAUAUUUUACAAAAUCAUAAACUUAUCAGCCGAAUAAGUGUUUUUUUAAUUAAUAACAACUGAGUGACGAGAUUUUGUCUUAAGCUAAGAAACUAUUGGGGUGUAGUGAGAGCGUAGUCGAAGUUUACUACUCAUUUUUAUAAUUAUGUGAUAUAAAAUAUAUAGUUUUAUAAUGAGCAAUAA